GCGAGUGCGGGCGUCACAGCGCGGGGCGGCGGCGGGGAGAUGCGGCUCGUGGCGCUGGCGGCGGCCGUGCUGCUGGCGCGGGCUCCGGCCCCGGAGGUGUGUGGGGCCCUCAAUGUCACCGUGUCCCCAGGGCCUGUGGUUGACUACCUGGAGGGGGAGAAUGCCACUCUUCUUUGCCAUGUCUCCCAGAAGAGACGGAAGGACAGCUUGCUGGCUGUGCGCUGGUUCUUCGCAAGCCCCAACUCCCAGGAGGCCUUGAUGGUUAAGAUGACCAAGCUCCGGGUGGUGCAGUAUUAUGGGAAUUACAGCCGCAGUGCCUUCCGACAGAGGCUGUGCCUCCUCGAGGAGAGGCAGGGAGCACUCUACACACUCUCUGUUUUGACCCUCCAGCCAACAGAUCAAGGGCAUUACGUCUGUAAAGUCCAGGAAAUCAGCAAGUACAGGAAUAAGUGGACUGCCUGGUCCAAUGGAUCAUCAGCGACAGAAAUGAGAGUGAUUUCCCUGAAAGCUUCUGAAGAUUCAUCCUUUGAGAAAAAGAAAGAGUCCUGGGCACUUUUUGAAGAUCUCUACAUAUACGCCGUGCUCGUGUGCUGUGUUGGGAUUCUCAGUGUCCUCCUCUUCACCCUAACCAUCAUUUGGCAGUCUGUGUUUAGCAAGAGGAAAUCCAGAGCGAGACAUUAUUUGGUGAAAUGUCCUCAGAACAGGAGUCUUUUCUUCUAUAGCUCAGGGGAGACUGUUACCAGUGUGACCAGCUUGGCCCCAUUGGAACCCAAGAAGGGCAAGAGGCAGAAGGAGAAGGCUGAUGUCCCUCCUGCAGUCCCUGCCAAAGCUCCUGUGGCUGCCACAUUCCAUAAACCGAAGCUGCUGAAACCACAAAGAAAAGUCACCCUGCCAAAGAUUGCUGAGGAGAACCUGACCUAUGCUGAGCUGGAGCUGGUCAAACCCCCCCGGGCUGCCAAAGGCCUCCCCACCAGCACCGUCUAUGCCCAGAUCCUCUUUGAGGAGAACAAGAUGUAACAUGGCAUCCUCUUCCGUGGUCGUCUUCUGUGGUCCUCUUUCAUGGUCCUAUUUAUACCUGCCAUCCUAGUUAUUUAUGAUACUAUGGAAACAACAUCCUUAUUUUUGUGCCUUCUGUGUGGCAGAGAGCCCCUUUCCAACAGUGUUCCAGGUAUCUUCAAAGAAAGGUAUGAGGCACUAGGUACUAGGCUCCUCUCUGUAAAAGAGUAGGGGCUGCAGCCCUUGGACAAAUCUCCCAGGACAAGAUUUUUCUGGGUCUGAGCCCUGAGCAGUGUGGACUCUGAUUCUGAGAGCACCCAACGAGAUUUUUCUGCUGAGCCAAACCCCUUCAUUUUUCUUCUCUUUUCUGGUUUUAAUCUUUUUAAAAUCUUAUUUUAAUCUUCUACUCUUCCUGCAUUUGUGAUAUCAAGCUCAGAGUAUAUAGCUAGAGGAAAUGCCAUUAUAGGCCACAGUGUGAGAUGAUAGAUAGAUACUAAUUGGUUUUCAGAUAACAUUUCUAAGGGCAUCUAAAGCAGAGAAAACUGCUUAUUCCAAAUGGUCACUCAAGAUAGCAUCUCUUGUUUUAAAUAGAUGCACUGACCCUGCUGAUUUAAGGGCAGAGGCAGAUUGUGGGAAACUUUGAUGUCUGAGCUAACACUCCACUGUCUCUAAAUACCCCAGUGCCCAUUUCCCCAUCUGUGUUCACCCAAGGCUGAAGGACAAGCAGCAGGUAGCACACCAUUCUAAAGGACUUCCACCUCUCCAUCAGGGUGGACUUGUAUUGGCAUAGAAAUUUAUAUUCUCCAAAAAAUUCUUAUGGAGUUAGCCAUCCAUUGACACACUGGAGGAAGUAAGACUUUUGGAAGUGUGCCAAGGUUACCAGCCUAAUUGGAUGUCCACUCGUGUGAGCAAAGGUUUUUGCCUGGUUCCCCUGGGAUAGGAGAGUAGGAAGUGGAAGCUGAGCUGGGAAAAUGUGUUUUAAAGACCCUACUGUUGUAAAGUGCCUCUCCUGACUCAGCUUCACAUUUCUAAUGUGUUUGGAUUGGGGUCAGGCAGGGGGAUACAGGCAAAUAAAUCUGUGUGGAAGUUGCUCUGUGUGGACUGAUACAACAUCCAGGAUCUCACUGAAGAUGGAGACAUUCUAGAAAAGAAACAUCUUGUCAACUGUCUCGUUCAAGACACCUUUUGUGUGGGUGUGCUCUGGGUGGUUCUUUACUGCAUGCCACAGAAAUUAUUUGGCUUUGUAAUGGAUCAUGUAUAUAUGGUAAAUCAUAUGUUUUAAACAUAGCCUUGAGUGUGACUUGUGCCCCUCUGUAUAGCUAUGUGAACUUGGUCAAGUUUCUUAUUCUCUAAUUAUCUCAGAUUCAUGUUUAUCUUAAGGUGACUUAACCUCUCAUAGAAUUCUUGUAAUGGGACAACAAAUACUGUGAGAUUCUGGAUCCUAUAAAUUGCUUUACACUA